AUGUCUCACGAAGCCGUUGGUGAUCCAUACGACAGUGGCUCCGAAAUCGAUGAGACGCCGGAGCCACAUCUGGGAAAGUCACAAUCUCAGAAUGCCGUGUUUAAUGCACUACUCGAAAGGCAUAUUACUGAUGAACCAAACGAUGAAACCGAAGAAGAAUCUCGCGGGAGAGCCCGUACAAACAAGCCUGGAGGCGAUAUGUCGCUUGCUCGCUUGGUCGCAGACCAAGGCACAGAAGCGGGCGCAUUGGAUCCACGCGAAUACCAACUACAGCUCUUUGAGAGAGCUAAAAAAGAAAACACAAUCGCUGUCCUAGAUACAGGCUCUGGAAAGACGCUGGUUGCAGUGCUUUUGCUGAAGCACAUCCUUGAGCAUGAACUGAUGGAUCGUGCGGAAGGCGCAAAGCCACGAGUUUCUUUCUUCCUGGUAGACAGUGUCACUCUUGUCUUCCAACAGUCCACGGUCUUACGGAAUAACAUUAACCAGAAAGUGGCACACUUCUAUGGUGCACUGGGGUCUGAUCUUUGGGACAAAGUGACUUGGAGAGAACAUCUUCAGAAGUACAUGGUGAUCGUCUGCACGGCCGACAUCUUGAACCAGGCUCUACUAAAUGGACACGUCAAGAUUGAGCAGGUCAACCUCUUGAUAUUCGAUGAGGCACAUCAUGCUAAAAAAGAGCACCCUUAUGCCCGAAUUAUCAGGGAGACCUACAUGACUGCAGAUCCUACCAAGAGACCAAGGGUUUUUGGUAUGACAGCUUCUCCGGUUGAUGCCAGGUGUGACAUAGCAGAAGCAGCAAUGUGUCUAGAGACACUUAUGGACUGUCGAAUUGCAACAACGUCGAAUAUCUCCGUGCUGCGCCAGUUUGUGAACAAGCCCACAGAAGAAGAGUGGGUAUACGAGAAGCUCCCCGCGCCGUUUGAGACCGAAUUACAUGGAAUCUUGAAAGCCAGAUAUGGGGAUAUAUCAUUCCUCAAUGGGAUCUUUCAAUUCUCGUUUGCUGCAAGCGCUGAGCUAGGUCCUUGGUGUGCAGACCAGGUCUGGGCGCUUGCGCUCGCGGAUGAGGUCCUCCCCAAGCUUCAGGCCCUCAUCAUGAAAGGGGCGGAUACCGAUCCUCAAGUUUGCGAGAAGGUUGAAAAUGAGAUUGAGCGAGUCCGCGAAGCGAGCGAAUUCGCUAAGAACUAUGUCUUCGACAACUUUUCUAGACCAACCGGGUCGAGUUCCAAGGUUGAGCUUUUGUUGAAAAAGCUCACCGAACAAUUCCUCAAAUACGCUGACACCAAGUGCAUCAUAUUUACGGAGCGCCGGAAUACCGCAAAAGUCUUGCUGCAGCUCUGCAACGCUAGGAGUAUCAUGAACUUGCGGCCUGAUCUGUUGGUCGGCGCACGCAAGAGUGAUACCAUGGGAAUGAAUGUGACAUUUCGUCAACAGUUCCUUGCCCUGAUGAAGUUUCGGAAAGGGGAAAUCAACUGCCUAUUCGCGACCUCGGUGGCCGAAGAAGGCCUAGACAUACCAGACUGCAAUUUGGUCGUGCGUUUCAAUAUCUACGACACAGUGAUUCAAUAUGUCCAAAGCCGAGGUCGUGCCAGACAUUGUGACUCUGUGUAUGCAACAAUGAUUGAAGAACGCAAUCGACAUCACCAGAUGAGAAUCCAGGAAGUGAAGAAAGCAGAGCUCCUCAUGAAGAAUUUCUGCAACAUGAUACCAGAGGAUAGGAAGCUCUAUGGAGUCGAGAAUGACCUGGAAGACACUAUGCGCGGAGAGGGUCGGAAGAGAUCCUAUACCGUUGCCACAACCGGUGCUAAAUUGACGUACCGACAUGCAAUCGACGUGCUUGGGCGGUUUGCAACCUCAUUGCAAUAUGAGAACGAUAAUUCAGCUCGGGUCACCUACAUCGUCAUGUCUGAGAAUGAUUCAUUCAGCUGUGAAAUCAUCUUACCUGAGAAGUCACCUAUUCGAGGUAUUAUCGGAUGCGCUGAGUCAAAGAAAUCGGUUGCGAAGCAGUCCGCAGCCUUUGACGCCUGUCUAUUACUUCGAAAAAACAAUCUUCUCGAUGACCACUUCAACUCCAUAUACCACAAACGCCUGCCCGCAAUGCGGAAUGCAAAACUCGCCAUUACCUCCAAAAAGACAGAUCAAUACACUAUGCGAAACAAACCUGAGAUCUGGCUUAAGCGACAAGGAACCACACCGAAACGCCUAUAUGCAACAGUGAUAUGUCUAGUUCCUACAGAGCCUGUCAACCCAGAGCCUGCAGGUAUCAUUCUCUUCACAAGAGAUAGACUCCCAAGUUUUCCAACCUUCUCUGUUUACUUGGAUAACGAUGUUGAAACUACAGUUCAUUGCUCGUGCACUGACAACUGUUUGGAGAUCACUCCUUCAACAUUGGGAUUACUCACGGAUUUCACACUCGCACUGUUUCAUGACAUAUUCAAGAAAACAUAUUCCCCAGUCGCAGAAGCUUUUCCUUACUGGCUUUCUCCUCUAAACAAGAGUAUCACGAAGCCAGUACCCGGACAAUCAACCACACUCUUUGACAUGAUUGAUUGGGAUGUUCUACAGUACGUCCAGGACAACCCAGAGAUCAAAUGGUCUGCAGAUAUGGAGCCCAAAUCACUGCUGAAUCGAUUCCUUUAUGAUGACUGGAAUGGAAGGUAUCGUUACUUUUCAUUUGCAAUAGAUCGUUAUCUUCGCCCUUCCGACCCGCCGCCAUAUUACGCCCCAUCGCGGAAAUGGAACGCAGAUAUCAUGAAUUGGUCAUCGAGUCUCAGCAAGAACUCCCGGGUCAAGUUCUUCAAUCGAUGCAACUGGGGCCAGCCAGUCUUGCAGGCACAGCUGAUUUCUUUUCGACGAAACUUUCUUGAUCCGGCCUCGGAUGAGGAGAAAUCAGAGAACUUGAGAUGUGUCAUUUGUCCUCAGGCUUUGAAUAUAUCGCCGGUUAGCAAAUUCUUGAAGUUAUAUAUUUGGCCUUUCAGUCCAUUAAUUGAUAUAUGGCAGAUCCCCAUUUCGAUAGUUACAGCGUGUUUAGCUUUCCCCGCGAUAGUUUCCCGGCUGGAGUCCUACUUGAUUGCCCAGGAGGGCUGUGAGAUGCUCGGUCUUGAUGUCAGACUUGACUAUGCUCUCGAAGCAUUCACUAAAGAUUCCGACAAUACCGAGGAACACCGAAGUCUACAGGUACACGUUCAGCGUGGGAUGGGAAAGAACUAUGAGCGCCUUGAACUCUUGGGUGACUCUGUUCUCAAGAUGGCAACAACAAUAUCUUUAUUUGCUCAAAACCCAGACGACGAUGAGUAUGACUAUCAUGUCAACAGAAUGUGUCUGAUCUGCAACAAGAACCUGUUUAUCAACGCCAACAAACGGAAUCUAUACGAGUAUGUACGGAGUCGUGGAUUCUCUCGGCACUUGUGGUACCCUCCAGGCCUAUCCCUUGAAAUCGGACGAGAUCAUGCCAAGUUUGUUAUCAACGAGAGUAAACAUGCUCUUGCUGAAAAAACCAUUGCGGAUGUUUGCGAGGCGUUGAUAGGGGCUUCAUUGCUAUCUGGAAGUGAUGGAAGUCGCUUUGACAUGUCGAUCAAAGCCGUGACCGUUUUCGUGAACAGCCCAAAUCACACAGCCACCUCGUGGAAAGACUACUUUUCGGUGUACUCUCUCCCUACAUAUCAGACCCAGAUGGCCGAUUCCUUUGAGCAAGAUCUGGCCCAGCAGGUUGCGGGUGUAGGUUACAGAUUCAAGUAUCCCCGCCUUCUUCGGUCAGCAUUCACUCAUCCCUCUUACCCAAUGGCAUGGUCAAAGGUGCCUUGUUACCAGCGCCUUGAAUUCUUGGGAGACGCGCUCCUAGACAUGGUUUGUGUGGAGCAUCUUUUUCAUCGUUUCCCUGAUCGAGAUCCACAGUGGCUCACCGAACACAAAAUGGCGAUGGUGUCAAAUAAGUUCCUCGGAGCCCUAGCAGUGAAGUUGGGCUUCCACAGGCAUCUUCAGCAUUUUAGCAAUGCUUUGAUGAGCCAAAUAACGAGCUAUGCAGAAGAAAUACAACUGGCAGAGCAAGAGCUUAAAGGCGAAGUAGACUACUGGCUAUCGACGACAGACUCUCCAAAAUGUCUUCCGGAUAUGUUGGAAGCAUACAUGGGAGCCAUUUUCGUGGACUCCGGCUUUGAUUUCACCGUGAUUGAAGCCUUCUUCCAUAGACAUGUCAUAGUGUACUUCCAGGACAUGUCGAUUUAUGACACAUUCGCAAACAGACAUCCUACGACAUUCCUCCACAGUCAAUUGACCUCGGAGUACCGGUGCACCGACUACUGUUUGAAGUCCGGUGCAAUUACAGCCGUCGAUGGAGAGACCCCAAGCGUGCUCUCUGCGGUCAUCGUUCAUGGCAUGACCGUUGCAAAGGCAGUCGCAUCGUCGGGCCGGUAUGCCAAGGUCAAAGCGAGUUCCCGAGCGUUGGCGGCUCUUGAAGGAAUGAGUCGCACGGAAUUCCGCAAGAGAUUUAAUUGUGACUGUCAAGGGGAUCACAUUCCGGUUGCAGAGUUUGGAACAGCUAUUUGA